ACAGUAUAUGUAUAUAAGUGCAUCACUGCAGUUGUAUGUCUAUUAUGUUUUAGCCUAAUUAUGUGAUACAUUAAAUAUCUUACCUCUAAUAAAUGUAAGGGGGCUUGUAUUGAAAUGUCACUGAAAUGUCACACCUCUGGUAACGGAGGGAAGGACGUUUGCACCAGCAGCUACAUGUGACUGGACAUACUACUCUAUUUAUAACGGCUGAGUGCAAGGCGCCAGUCUGACAUAUACAAGGACAGACGGACAUCAGAGCAUGUCCCUGCAGGGAGAAAGUAUUGACGCCAACAGAAGGAAGAGCAUGUAAAGUAUCAAAAUGGAUGAUUUGGAUCACAGCAUACACAUUGCAGAGUAUGACUGGACAAGCUUCUGUGAGGAGAGUGAGGAGUGCAGUCUGCUGCAGCCUUCCCUCGCCUGCCCUGAUAACUCAAGUGAUUCAGAGGAUUCAAGUUCAAUCUUCAAUGCAGGCCGGCAGGAGCCACAGCAAAGGCCCGCUGCGAACAAAGAUGCACCUGAAAGCAACGCGACAGGGUGCAGUACUGAAGAAGAAAGCUGCACAGGUUGUAUAGAACUAUCCGUGCAGCUUAAUCACAGUGAUAGGGGAGGUCAACAAGAUGAUGUUACGACUAAAGAAGAAGAGGACAGUGUAACACAGAUGAAAUAUGAAAUAUGUCUUGAUGGAGGAAAUACUGCAGAACACAUCACAGAGGUGACAAAUGACAACAUUACAAACAUGCUGCAACCUGAAGUCAUAGAUGUUCACGCUUCUGUGCAAACAGAAAGCGACACUUGUGACUUCCAACCCAUACCUGAGCCUGAUCCAGAUGUAAACAAUCUAAAUGUGACUGAGCCACUCACUGCAGAGAGAGCUGUGGCUGUGGGUGAGGAUGUGAGCAGCGUUUCUAUUAGAGCAGAGAAAGAGCGCUGGUUCGUGACAGUGAACGACAGUCCUGCACGACACCGAUCACGUGUCGCCUCUGUGAAAAAAAAACGAAGACAAAAAAAACCUUAUAAAGACAAUCACAUGUGCAGCGCCGGGCAGGAGGACACACUUGGAUAUGGCUUUGAGUCAGAGGUAAAUAGAGAUAAAAAUGAAUCUGAGGGAGAGAGGGACACGGAGUUCAUUACGCAAUCACACCAAAACUCAGGAGGUCAUCUGAGUGCUGAAAUAAAUCCUGAGAGCUUUGAAAGGGAACACAUGUCUUCUUCAACUUCUGGUGAAGAAGUCAAUGUGUCACAUUCACCCAAAGAAAACACAGUUGAGCCAACGAUUGACAUAAACAAAUAUGAAGUUUGCAGCUUAGCAGAGACAUUUACACCCAAAGACCUUUCAAAGCUGGAGAGUUUGGAAUCAGAUGAGUUUGAAGACAGUGUUGAGUUCUUCUCCCUUCCCAGUAACGAUUCUGAAUGCUACCUGUCAGCCGCAGAAUCAAUAGAGGAACCUCUGCUUCUCAUUAAAGACCAACACAUGGAAAACCAACAAAUGCAAUGCAACGCUGACAGUACACAGGGCAGAGAAAUGCAUUCUUGCGAUGCCACUCUCUCCAGCAAUGUAGCAGCUACCAACUGUGAAGGUUAUGAAAGUAACCGAGCUUAUGUUGAGCCUACCCUGACAUUUCCAUCUGCUUGCCAAAGAGCUGACAAAAUGCCAGACAACAACUCCGUAGGUGAAAAUGACACACACAGCACGGCGCCCCAAAUGCACUCGGAUACACCUGGACCCCAAAAGCAUGAAUUGCCAACGGAAGCAAAUCUUCCAGCAUCUGGUUGCUCUCUGGGAGAUCAGCUUGGAUCUCCUCCUCCUCUCCCUGUUCCUGAUUUAACUGUAACACCUUGCUCUGUGGUUGACAGCCCCGAAACACACGCCAAAGCUGAGGGCCAUGCUCGACCAGUGUACGCCAUCUCCGCUUUUUGGGAUGAGAUGGAAAAACUGACAAUAAAUGACAUUUUGCAGCUUAGGAUGGCUAGAAGCACACCUCACAGGGAAGCACAAGAAACAGUGAGACCUAAUGUAGACGCUCCAACGCAUAGCAGCCCUUUGGACACUGAGGAGUAUCAUUCAUCUGAUGUAGGUUUAAUGGACACAUCCGACACAGCUGAUUCAGACUAUUGCACACAGCCUGAUGAAUCCAAGCUGGAUCGCUCAAGCUGUGACUUUUCCACCUCCGAUUUUGAAGAAGACUAUUGGCAGUUUAUCAGCGCCAGCAGGAACUCCAGUCCUGAUCCUUGUAGCAAAACCCAACGCAGUCAAAGGACGACUGACUCUCUUUUCUCAGCACAUGACGAGGAUGGGUCCACAAACUCUGAAGGAAAGGAGACACCGGUUCCUUUAGAAGACUUUGAUGGGGAAUUGAGCGAAUUUGAGUGGCCAAGAAAGAUGACGAAAAGCAAAAGUGUGCGCAACGUACAAGCUCUAAACACAGAGGACUUAUCUUUGCAGGCUUUGCUCGGUAGUGAUGAGGACAGACUGUUUCUCAGCAGCUGUCAGUCUCUGGAGGAAAACAUGGUUUUGGAUUUAAAUGAGAGUCUGGGAACAUUAAUACCUGAACCUAUUCUAUCCUACACAGACGUACUGGAUGAACACUACCGAAUAUCCUUCCCAGAAGUGGUUGAAUACUUUUUCAUGCAGGAUAAAGUGAAGAAUGACUCCAGUUGUGUCACCGUCUACGAUCCAGAAGACCUCUCAGUGGCUCCUGUGUAUGACUUUACUCUUUGUUCAUUCAGAGAUGAAAUGUCAUUCUCUUCCUUCCAUGAUUCCUGGCGCAGCGAGGGAAAACCCAUCCCUAUUUUCUCUUGUUCACAUCCUACCGUCAGAGAACUCACAUUCCCAAAACCGGACUAUGUUUUCCUGAGUGCAGACUCCUUGGAAAAGGACGACUUCUCUCCUAUCAGAGUUGUGUCUCACUCUCUCAUCCAGUCCAGUGAUUAUGGGAUUGUGGGACCUCGCAGUUGGAAAAGUUUGCUGUCAAUAAGGAAAAUACGCUUCCACGACAAAGGUAGCAUCUGGUGCAGAGGGUCUGGUGCCUGGGUGUUCCCAGUUGAGGCUGAGGAGAGAGGAGAUCCACAAAUCCCUGUGCUCAGUGAGGGAAGAGUCUCCUCUGCUCAGUCCCAGUUGUUUAGAGAGCUAGCAGUGCAGCAGAGGAUUCUGGACACUGUACAGGCAGGAAAACGAGAGGGCAUCUUCUCUACACUGAAGCAGGCAGAUAUGUGUCUAGUCUGCAUCGCCUUUGCCUCCUGGGUACUGACAUCCUCUGAUCCAAAGGCUGCUGAUGCCUGGAAAGCAGCUCUUCUAGCAAAUGUGAGUGCACUGUCGGCUAUCCAGUACCUGCGGCAGUAUGUGAAGAAGAAGACUUCUCUUCAUGAUUAUCCCUGAUACACACACAACAGACAUCAUUUCCAAACAUUUUCAUUUGGGUCCAUUAAUACAAAUAUAUCUAUUGUACAUAUAGUAUAUACUGUAUAUCAUAUCUGCUAAAUAUCUACUGUCUCAAUCAGUGUAUACAUUAGUUUCCAAGUUACAAUACAGGAUGUAAAAGUAGAGGUUAGCAAACCCAUGUUUAAAGUUUAUAUCACCUUGAAACUAGUUGGACAUUUUAGUUGAAGGAUGUCUGGUGAUGUUUUAUAUUUUUCUUAUUGUCAGGAAAUCCCAUGAAAAGACCAAAACCAACAAUUAAUUUAUCAGACUAACAAGUGUUGUCAGUCUAACAAAAGCCUGAUUAUUAUUCUUCUGUGCCACAGGGCUCAAUUACUGGCCUGAAACAAUUAAAACACACAAGUGAGCCAUUUUAUUGAAGCGGGUGUAAUAUUCCUUUAUGUCCGUGAACAUGAUUACUGUAGUUUAUGGGAACGGUCUCGCUGCUGUAAAUAUCCACCAAACACACACCAGUAGUUGAAAAUUGUCCCCAACAGAUAUGUUUAUUUACGCCUGUAAAAUUUGCUGUUUUUUCCUGUUUUGCUUUUUAAACCUGACAGUAUAUAUUAUGAACCAAUUUUAAAGAUUUUUUAACCAAUGAGCUUAGAGCUGAGACCACAGAUAGACUGGUGAAGUCAGGACUUAUUGAAAGACCAUCUGGAACAUUGUAGGUUUUGGUCUUUUCGUGGGAUUUAUUGACAGUGAGAAAAAAAUAAAUAUUUCCAGCCUUGUCCUUAUCAUGAAAACAUCUCAGCUACAUUUGAAACAUUUUAUAACUGGUUUAUCAGUUCUGGAUUAACUGAUUUUAAUAUAUGGACCAUAUGUAAAUACAAGCUCAUACGUUAUAACAGCCGCUGUUAUGUCUGGUUGUCACUGUCCGGUUCUGGUUCAACCAAGCUAAGUUGUAAUAGCAGCUUGUAGGGUUUUUGAUGUACUGAUAUGAUGUGUAUGCAGGGUGUCUUUGUAGAGGAUGAAACUGGAGAUGAAAGUCUGAGAGAAAGUCCAGUUGUAGGUUUUGGUCUGGUUUGUAUGUAUAGUAUGUUGGAAGAAGAGAUUAAGUAAGUGACUGCUUGACCUGUGCGAUGGGCUAGCUUUGUCUAAAAACGUUGCUUUCCAUCUUUUCUGCUUGUGACUUCUUAGUACAAAACCACCUCUCAUCAGACUGUAUGAGAGAGUGAUUUUUCCCUUUUUAGACCAUUUCAUUUGGAUAAUUUUUACAAGCCUCAAGAGCUAAAACUAUUCAGUGUUAAAAUAUACAGUCAGGUGAAAAGGCCUGAAAAACAACAUAACAACCUCUGUGGCAGAUUUGUCUUUUUCCUACACCGAUAUACCAACAGUUAAUCGAUUAAUUUCUCACAGCCCAAGGCAACUUCUUCAAAUGUCUUUUUUUGUCUGACCAACAGUUCAAACCCAAAGAUAUUUGUUUAAUAUCAUGGAUAAUAAAGAUAAGAAUCAGAUUUUCACAUUUGAGAAGCUGCAACCAGCAAAUAUUUGGUAUAUUUUGCUUUAAAAAAAAAAAAAAAAAAAA